ACUAGUGCUCAUAUUUCAUAAACGAAACGAAACGAUCGAGUCAUAGCGUCUUUUGUAUUUGCCACAAAAUUUUAUUCUCCUGUGUCAUUAAUAUCAAUUUUAUUUAUUAAUAUUUUAAAAGUUACAUCAGACAAAAGUAAUUAAUUAUUUUUAAGUAAAAACAAUUUUUAUAACAAAGUACAAAAAUGUCUGGUCCGGACGUUAAGAUUAAAAUGAUAAAUUGUGUGCGUAAAUAUCCAGGAUUAUAUAAACCUACAUAUGAAAUGUAUCGUAAUCGUAAUUAUUCAAUAACAGCUUGGGAAAAAAUAAUUAAAGAGUGCAAUAUUGAAUCCAUCGCAAAAGGUAAAGAUAUGUGGGCUAGUCUCCGCAAAUCUUAUAUCGGUCAUUUAAAAGCACCUGGAAAAAAUCCACCGAAAUAUUUUCAAGAAAUGAGUUUUUUGCGUCAAUAUAUACCCGAGACAGCUGCCGAUGGAUUUAAUGAUGACGAGCCAGUUAAAUUGAAAACUGUCGCUCCUGCAGUCCUCAAACCCACGUCCAAAAAACAAGAAAACGCUAAAGUUGGAGCCGUGACGAAGCAGCCAAAGCAACCAAAGCAGCCAAAGCAACCGAAGAUUGAAACCCCCGAUGAUUUAAAGCUUUUCUUCGACUCCAUGUACGCCACGACUAAAAAACUGCCCUCUUCGCUUCAGCGCCACGUGAGAAAUCAAAUAUUCGAAAUUGUUUCAUACGCCGAAAAUUCUAUGGAUUAAUUUACCCGUCAGCUAAUUUAUAUUUCAUUCAACACAACCAUUAUAACUUUAUUAUUAUCACGUGUAAUCGGCGUGCUCAGUACCGUCGAGUUAUCGUCAUUCCCUAUCCGUUUAUUUUAAAUAAUUUAA